CAAAGUCUUUGGCUGAGAGAUACAGCGUGGAUGACUUAGAUACUCCAGGAAGACGAGGAGGACAGCGUCAUCACCAUUCUCUCCCAGUAGGAAGCGGCGUCCUUUCCGGCAGCAGUGAGCACGAAAUAGUCGAAACUGUGUCCUACAACGUUUUUGCACUUGUUUUAUCUGCCACUUUUCUUCCUGACGCA